GCAAAUCAUUCUGUGGGACCGGUAUGAAAAUACAGUGAAAUAUCGUAUUGAAUACUAUUUCUUAUUCGAAUGCUUCAUAUUCAGGCAGUGACUAUUUAAAAUAUUCUAAAAUAAAAUGGCUGUGGGAGGUACAGACGUCGAAAUGAAAGACGCUAGUCCGGUAAAGAGCGAAAAAACAAACGGAGUCGUUGAAGAAGAACCAGCAAAAGACCCAGAAUUAUUAACUUUGGAAGAUGUGAGAGAUUAUGUGAAGUAUAUAGAAAAGUCUGUAUCAACAAAAGAGCCACGAUUCAUGUCUAGAGUGGCCAGAGGUAUCAGUUCAGUACGUCACAGACUUAAUAAUAAUGUGUUACGGCGACUUCUUCAGGGAUACAUUCAGGCUCAGGCCCAAGCAGGAAUCCGAGAUGAUCUGCUAGCUUUUCUUGAUGAGCCAAUGGUGUCCAAUGGUAUAGGCCCUCAGUUUAGACCACGAUCGGGAAAACUUGCAAAUAGUCCACUUAUACCCGAGAUUGAAGUUUAUCUCCACCUACUAGUUCUGAUACAUCUAAUUGACCUUAAAAAAUAUGACAAGGCUGUGAUCUGUUCAGAAAAACUGAUGCAAAAAUUGGUACAUCAGAAUAGACGUACAUUAGAUAUACUUGCUGCAAGAUGUUAUUUCUACCAUUCAAGAGCUUAUGAACUGACUAAACAGCUAGAAAAAGUCAGAGGAUUUUUUCACACGAGAUUGCAGACGUCAGUUUUGAGGUCUGACUAUGAUGGGCAAGCCACACUUCUUAAUUUACUUCUCAGAAAUUACCUUCAACAUAACUUAAUAGAACAGGCCGACAAGCUCGUUACAAAGUCAACUUUCCCAGAACAUGCCUCAAACAAUGAGUGGGCAAGAUAUUUAUAUUACUUAGGUACAAUAAAAGCAGCACAGUUGGAAUAUUCCGAGGCACACAAACACUUGUUACAGGCGUUAAGAAAAGCACCACAGAAUGCAGCAGUCGGAUUCAAACAAACAGUUCAAAAGUUAGCUAUCACAGUGGAGUUGCUGUUAGGAGAUAUUCCAGACAGAUCCACCUUCAGAAUACCAUCAAUGAGAAAAACACUUGCCCCAUACUUCCAACUUACUCAAGCUGUAAGAACAGGUAAUCUCCCACGUUUCAACGAGGUUUUAUCACAGUACGGGUCCAAGUUUCAGAGUGAGGACACAUACACGUUGAUUAUACGAUUACGACACAAUGUGAUCAAGACUGGUGUGAGAAUGAUCAGUCUGUCCUACUCGAGGAUCUCCCUCAUGGAUAUUGCACAGAAACUGACUCUGGACAGCCCUGAAGAUGCUGAAUAUAUAGUUGCUAAGGCAAUUCGAGAUGGGGUUAUAGAGGCUACAAUUGACCAUGAGAAAGGUUAUGUCCAGUCAAGGGAGACAGUUGAUGUGUAUAAAACCAGGGAACCAAUGGCGGCCUUCCAUCAACGUAUAGCUUUCUGUCUCGAUAUCCAUAACAAUUCUGUUAAGGCAAUGCGAUUCCCACCAAAGUCGUAUAACAAGGAUCUUGAGUCAGCUGAAGAAAGGAGGGAAAGAGAACAGCAAGAAUUGGAAAGUGCUAAAGAAAUCGCUGAUGAAGAUUUUGAUGGAUUUCCUUAACAUAUAAUCGUAUUCUAAAAAUUUUGACUGCUUCAAUUUGAUAUAAGUUGGUGCAAUUACUGAUAUAUCUCUGCAGGCUAUAAGAUAACUUAUUUUGACAGAGUGUGAAACUUAAUUUAAAAAAAGGUGAAAAUCUGUUGUUGGUUUCAGACGUUCUGUUAUAAGGUGUAACAAUAUAGUUGAUAAAAGUUGGAUCAAGAUAAGAGUAUUAUAUGAAAAUGUUGACAUUAACCUUGUAAUAAGUCAAGAAAAUUAUUAACCCUUACCCUGCUAAAUUUCUAUAAUGAACUUGUCCAUCUUUCAAUGGCACCAUUAACUGUUAAAAGGGGUUCUUACCAAAGAGAUACUGACUGAAUGGCGAACAGUGCAGAUCUUGAUCAGACUGCACAGAUAUGCAGGCUGAUCAUGAUCUGUACUGGUCGCAAAGGCAGAAUCAGUCGUGUCCAGCAUAAGGGUUAAAAACCAAGAAUUACGUUCUUCUGAUAGGAGAUAGAGGUUUUUCAUAGUAAAUCCCAUUUCUCUGGAAGCAUUUUCAUUGGCAAUGUCUAGAUAACCCUUUUUUUUUCAGUGUGUCUGAAACUUUCAUAUCUGCUUUCUAGCUUUACUCACAAUCGGUGAUAUUGUUUAUAUCCAUGAGUCAGGAAAAUGAACAGCUUCCUAUCUCACAGCCAGUGGUUUUUACUUAGUUGACGUUGAAGCGAGUUUGAGUUUCAGAGUGAGCUAGUGUCGUUCUCUAGUAAAAAUCCUUGUAAGAAAGCACACGGUAAUGCUUGAUAUAUAUUGAAAAAAUACUGCAGUAUGAAAACCAGACUGAGUCUGGGAAGAUUUGUUAACAUUUAUUAAGGUGAAAUUCUGUUUUCUUAAUUGUCAAAUUGUGGAUACCAUGAUUUGUUUAAAAAAGGAAAUAACAGUGUAGCGUUUAUAAUCAAUAGCGUUACAUAGACUUUAAAUUUGAAAUACAUAUGUACACAAACACAUCCUUUACAGACAUGUCAUUAUAGUUGUAUUAAGAAGAUUGGUCUUUGAAUGCAUUUAUCUUGAGUAAGUUCUGUGUAUAUAUAAGUAUAGAUUUAUGCAUUGGAUAUGUCAGUGGAGAGAUUGACUCAAUUUGUAUUAUUGAUCUAAUAUUUGAAAUACAACUUGAAUAGUUACAGUU